GGCCAACAGGGAACAUCUCAACACUUACACCAACAAGAUUAUGACUCCAAAAAAACAAAAUUGUCAACACAAAAAUCUGUUGAAACACCGUCAAAAAGAAAAUUAAUGUCUCGACGACAAUCAAAUAAAGAAAAUAAUAAUAUUGUAGCUAUGGAGAAUAAUUACAACAACAAUAAUGUUGGCAGGUGGAAACGUUCAAAUAGUGGUGGUGGUGGAGGGGAAAAGCCACCAAAAGUGACGACAAUGGAGAGAAUUGUAAAUAAUUUUUAA